ACAUGGUGUCAGAAUUUAAGGGAUAGAAUCAAUCUAAGUGUUGAUCAAGUUUUUUCCACAAGAUUAGUUCAAAGAACUAGGAAAAAAUGCCAGAAACGAGCGCUGAGGCAGCCAUCGUUCAAAACCCACGUAUGUCAACAUUCCAGAUUUCACCACCGGAAAACUUCGAUUUUUCGCAACCAGCCGAUUGGCCAAAGUGGAUUAGAAGAUUCGAGAGGUUCAGAAUUGCCUCUGGGCUUGCAUCAAGCGACGAAGAAAGCCAAGUAAACAUGCUAAUUUACUGUAUGGGCGAUAAAAGCGACGAUAUUCUCGCUACACUCACCUUGACCGAGGAGGAGAAGAAGUAUAAACCAGUUCGCGAGAAAUUUGAGGAACACUUUGUAAAACGAAGAAAUACGAUAUUUGAGAGAGCAAAAUUCAAUAAUCGAAAACAAGAGGUGGGUGAGUCAGUAGAAAGUUUCAUAACUGAUUUAUAUGCUCUUGCCAAACACUGUCAGUUCGGUGAAUUGCACGAUCAAAUGCUCAGGGAUCGCAUUGUGGUCGGACUUUUAGAUAGUAGGCUGUCAGRGAAACUCCAGUUAGAUGCUGAAUUGUCUCUGAACAAGGCAAUCGAUGCCGCCCGACAGAGUGAGCAAGUAAAACGGCAGCAACAAGUAGUAAGAGGUUUUCAAGACCCUAACAGUGACAAACCCAGCCAGGUAAAUGCACUCACAGGCAAAUCCCGUAAGUGGAAGCCWCAAAACAAACAGAAGCCUCGAGAAAAGACAAAAGAGCAGAAUAAGAGCCAACAAGAAAGUUGUGGCAGGUGUGGAAAAUCACCAAGCCACCCACAAAGUAAAUGCCCAGCUCAGGGAGUAGUUUGCCACRAAUGCAAGAAAAUUGGACACUUUAAAGCUGUAUGUAGAUCAGAAAAGCAUGUCAGAGCUGUAACAACAGAGAAGGAGUCAGUCAGAGAAGAUACAGAACCAGAACUGGCUAAAGAAGAAUUAGAGCCCUUUGAUCCAUUCCUUGGAAACAUAACCGUUGGUCAAGUUGAAAAGAGUAAAAACGACCCUUGGAGUAAGGUUGUUAAGGUAAAUGGAAUAGAAAUAAACUUCAAGAUUGACACGGGCGCUGAUGUGACAGUAGUACCGUUGUCCACCCAAAGGAAAAUUCCAGGGAGACUGAGACAGAGCGUCGUAACGUUGAAAGGUCCAGGAGAGCUGCCCCUCAAGGUGUGUGGCACCCUUGCCGCAACACUAGAAGUAGGAGACAAGAAAGUAAAACAAGACGUUCACAUAGUGAGUGAUCUUAAGCAACCCCUCUUAGGACGACCUGCAAUCGAAGCUUUGGGU